AUGGCACUCGAGGGCCUUGGAAUCGCGGCUAAUGUCCUCGGCGUGGUUGAUAUAUCGGCUAAAGUAAUCGACUGGUGCGUACGAUACGCCCAGGAUGUAUUACAUGCCAAAGAGGACAAGAAAAGGCUGGUGGACGAAGUCACGCGUCUUAAUCUAGCUUCGGUGAACGCCUGCGAACUAUUACGUGGGCCGCAUGGCUUAAGACUUAAAGCAUCUUAUGCGCUCUAUCUCGCAACAAGGCAGCUUGCUAGGGGAAGUGGGCAGGCUAAAAUUGGCUUCGAGGCUUUAAAAUGGCCAUUCAAGAGCAAGGAUGUCCACUUAAUUCUUCUCGAUGUCGACCAUAAGGUCGCCUUUGACACACUGCCUAUCGCAGAAGGAGCCUUAUUCGACUCCCAUGCUGAAGAAUAUAACCCGAUAUACUUGCCUAAUACCCGCAAGGAGCUGCUUAAAGAAAUCGAUAGCUGGAUAGCUGACCCUAAGUCGAAGACAAUAUUCUGGCUGAAUGGCAUGGCUGGAAUGGGAAAAUCGACCAUCUCACGAACUGUUGCUCGCUUACGGUCUAAGCGAGGUGAUCUCGGCGCCAGCUUCUUCUUCAAGGGAGGAGAGACUGACCGAGGGAACCUGACUAAGUUUGUACCUACGGUGGCCCGUCGAUUGGCUUGGAGCACGCCGGGGGUUGCGCCGUUUAUUAAGAGUGCAGUUGAUGCUGAUCUAGCGAUUAUUGACAAGGCCGUGAGGGAGCAGUUUGAGAAGCUUGUUCGAGAGCCGCUGUUAAAAGCACCAGCAACGUCAUUGUCUCGACCGAUAGCUGUUAUUGUUGUCGAUGCGUUGGAUGAGUGCGAGAUGGAUGCUGAUAUUAAGCUCCUUCUUGAACUUUUCUCUAGCCUACGCUUCGCGGGUUCUUUAUGUGUUCGAGUGCUUAUUACCAGUAGACCCGAACUUCCUGUAUGUCUUGGCUUUUCGUCCAUCGGCAAUACCCAUCAAGAUCUUGUAUUACAUAAAAUCCCGCAAUUGAUUAUUGAGCAUGAUAUAUCUGUCUUUCUGCGCCAUGAGUUCACUAACAUCUGCAACAGGUUUAAUAAAGUGGCAGAAGAAGAGCUAAAGCUACUAGUGCACUGGCCUGGAGAAUCUAACCUCGAGAAGCUUAUAAUGGCGGCGGUGCCUUUCUUUAUUUUUGCUGCGACCCUUUGCCGAUUCGUCAACGACUCAUAUCUCGGUAGCCCUAAUGAGCUUCUGCAGAGUGUACUCUAUCACACUAGUAACGGUUAUGCCUUAAACCUUGAUAUGACCUAUUUACUAAGCUUCUGUCUUAUUAUUAGCAUUAUUAUUAUGCUAGCUAGUCCUUUAUCGAUGUAUGCUUUAGCGCUACUUCUUGAAGUUUAUAUUAAUAAGGUUCCGGAAAACCUUAACUUGCUAGUGCGAUUACUCUAUUUAUCGUUCCGAGAGUACCUCGUUAAUCUAGAGAACAGAGAGAUAGUUAAGUUCUGGGUAUUGACCUGGGACUCGGAGACGGACGAUUGGCAAGGGUCAGAGGGCCAUGGGGGCAUUGUCAGAUCGGUGGUGUUCUCGCACAACUCGAUCAAACUGGCAUCGGCCUCGAACGACAUGACGGCACGGAUAUGGGACGCGGAGACGGGCGAGUGUGAGCGAGUGCUAGAGGGCCAUAUCGACCAGGUGAACUCGGUGGUGUUCUCACACGACUCGACGAAGCUGGCAUCGGCCUCAGAUGAAAGCGCGCUACGGAUCUGGAACGUGGAGACUGGAAUAUGCAAGGACAUCAUUAUGUUAGACGUCUAUGCAGAUGUUCUUUCUUUUAUGGACGAUGAGCGUGGCAUCGUCACAGAUCAUGGUGUAUUUACCUUGACUGGCGACUUAGAAUCUCGUACAGAGCCUCCCAUAUCCUUGCAACCUUCGGAGGCCGUAACGCUCGCCUCUCGGGACGGCACAUGGGUUAAGACGGCAGGAAUGGACUUACUUUGGCUAUCUCCUGAAUGUCGCCACGGACAAAGUUAUGUUCUUAAGGUUUUCUUCAACGGACAUAGUGGAGAUAACGCAACCGUGACAAUGGAAUGA